GCCAUUAUCAAUGAGUCGUAUGACAUCAACAGCAUCUCCACCUCGUCGUCCAAAGGUCCCGUCACGAUGGCUACCACCUUCCACCCCUUUCCCCGGCUGCCCCUUGAGCUCCGACUCAAGAUCUGGGAAGCAAGCAUUUCGCCGCGCACCAUUAACUUUAAUAGCCGCGCUUUCACUACCGACGACGGCGACCAGAAACAACAGGCAGAGGUAUCCAUUCCCAAACCCGAGUCCAUGAUUGGUACCGUCUUUGGGACCUUUGCCUCAGUUCCGCCACCACCAACGAUCCUCCACACCUGCCGCGAAUCCCGCAACGUAGGGCUUCAUUUCCGAGGCGGCUACCAAAAGGCCUUCCGCAUCUGGUGCCUGCCCUACAUCUUCGAUGGCAGCUGGAACCAACGGUAUAUUUGGGUCCAUUUUGGGCUGGAUAUAAUUGACCUUGGCGACGAGUCACCCAUCAUGUUCAUUGAAAAUGAGGAGCGGGAGAAGAUUCAGCGGCUGAAACUUGACUUUGAUCGUGGGGUGUAUGUAUGGAAAAAGAGUGAAGCCCAGUCGUUUGCACGGAGCAUGAGCAAAUUGUUUGAGCAGGUGAGGGAAAUAAGUGUGUGCAUUCCUUGCAAAGAAGCGUGCCUAGAAUUGCCUCCGGACUGGUUACCUGGAGGGAGUCAUGGAGGGUUUAUGGAGGGGUGGAGGACUAUGGAUUAUACGGUCAGUCCUAAAAAUGGAGAUGAAGAUCGAGAUGGAGAGAGGAGCGAGGAUGGGAAGACGGAUGGGAAAAUGUGGGUUACGUUGGUGUUGGAGAGAGAAAAUCCAUGUGCAGCGAAUAAUUCUUCUCGACAGUAGACCUGUCGCAUCCAAGGAACCAGUUUGAUACGGAAAGCCAUUGAUGGAAGAUGUACAGGAUCAAUCAGGUCACUGGUAGUGGCAAUUGCUUGUUGACGAAGAGAUGCCACCACAUUACUCACGCGAACCAUACCACGCACGGGAAAAAAUGGGAAUCAACAAGUUCUGCAUUGUGCGUCAUAGGGUUCAGUAAUGCAGAAAUGUUAUUUUG